AUGUUGUAUGAUGGACUGUGCUCCCCCUUCCUCCCCCAGAUGUUGUAUGAUGGGCUGGGGCCCCCUGUCCCCCCCAGAUGGUUUGUGAUGGGCUGUGCUCCCCCCUCCCCCAGAUGUUGUAUGAUGGGCUGUGCUCCACCCUCUCCUCCCAGAUGUUGUAUGAUGGGCUGUGCUCCCUCUCUUUCCCCAGAUGUUGUAUGAUGGGCUGUGCUCCCCCAUCCCCCGAUGUUUUGUGAUGGGCUGUGAUCCCCCUCUCUCCCCAGAUGUUGUAUGAUGGACUGUGCUCCCCAUCCCAGAUGUUUUGUGAUGGGCUGUCCCCUCUCCCAGAUGUUGUAUGAUGGGCCGUGCUCCCCCCUCUCUCCCAGAUGUUGUAUGAUGGUUGUGCUCCCCCUCUCCCCAGAUGUUGGCCAUGAUUCCUGUGCUCCCCCCCUCUCCUCCCAGAUGUUGUAUGAUGGACUGUGCUCCCUCUCUCCCCAGAUGUUGUAUGAUGUACUGUGCUCCCCCUCUCCCCCAGAUGUUGUGUGAUGGGCUGGGGCCCCCUGUCCCCCCCAGAUGGUUUGUGAUGGGCUGUGCUCCCCCCUCCCCCAGAUGUUGUAUGAUGGGGACUGUGCUCCCUCUCUCCCCCAGAUGUUGUAUGAUGGGCUGUGCUCCCCCUCUCCUCCCAGAUGUUGUAUGAUGGGCUGUGCUCCCUCUCUUUCCCCAGAUGUUGUAUGAUGGGCUGUGCUCCCCCUCUCUCCCCCAGAUGUUGUAUGAUGGGCUGUGCUCCCCCUCUCUCCCCCAGAUGUUUUGUGAUGGGCUGUGAUCCCCCUCUCCUCCCAGAUGUUGUAUGAUGGGCUGUGCUCCCCCUCUCUCCCCAGAUGUUGUAUGAUGGGCUGUGCUCCCUCUCUCCCCCCUAGAUGUAUGAUGGGCUGUGCUCCCCUCUCUCCCCCAGAUGUUGUAUGAUGGGCUGUGCCUCUCCUCCCAGAUGUUGUGGCGAUGGGCUGUGCUCUCUCUUCUCUAGAUGUUGCAAGCGAUGGGAUGUGUUUCCUCUCCUCCUAGAUGUUGUGGGCGAUGAGCUGUGCCUCCUCUCCUCCCAGAUGUUGUAUGAUGAGCUGUGCUCCCCCUCUCCUCCCAGAUGUUGUAUGAUGGACUGUGCUCCCCCUUCCUCCCCCAGAUGUUGUAUGAUGUACUGUGCUCCCCCUCUCCCCCAGAUGUUGUGUGAUGGGCUGGGGCCCCCUGUCCCCCCCAGAUGGUUUGUGAUGGGCUGUGCUCCCCCCUCCCCAGAUGUUGUAUGAUGGGCUGUGCUCCACCCUCUCCUCCCAGAUGUUGUAUGAUGGGCUGUGCUCCCUCUCUUUCCCCAGAUGUUGUAUGAUGGGCUGUGCUCCCCCAUCCCCAGAUGUUUUGUGAUGGGCUGUGAUCCCCCUCUCUCCCCAGAUGUUGUAUGAUGGACUGUGCUCCCCCUCUCCCCCAGAUGUUGUAUGAUUCACUGUGCUCCCCCUCUCCUCCCAGAUGUUGUAUGAUGGACUGUGCUCCCUCUCUCCCCAGAUGUUGUAUGAUGUACUGUGCUCCCCCCCUCCCCCAGAUGUUGUGUGAUGGGCUGGGGCCCCCCCUCCCCCAGAUGAUGUAUGAUGGGCUGUGCUCCCCUCUCCCCAGAUGUUGUAUGAUGGGCUGUUGCUCCCCCUCUCCUCCCAGAUGUUGUAUGAUGGACUGUGCUCCCUCUCUCCCCCAGAUGUUGUAUGAUGGGCUGUGCUCCCCCUCUCCUCCCAGAUGUUGUAUGAUGGGCUGUGCUCCCUCUCUUUCCCCAGAUGUUGUAUGAUGGGCUGUGCUCCCCCUCUCUCCCCCAGAUGUUGUAUGAUGGGCUGUGCUCCCCCUCUCUCCCCCAGAUGUUUUGUGAUGGGCUGUGAUCCCCCUCUCCUCCCAGAUGUUGUAUGAUGGGCUGUGCUCCCCCUCUCUCCCUAGAUGUUGUAUGAUGGGCUGUGCUCCCCCUCUCCUCCCAGAUGUUGUAUGAUGGGCUGUGCUCCCCCUCUCUCCCCCAGAUGUUGUAUGGUGGGCUGUCUCCCCCAGGAUGAUGGGCUGUGCUCCCUCUCCUCCCAGAUGUUGUAUGGUGGGCUGUGCUCCCCUCUCCCCAGAUGUUGUAUGAUGGGUGUGUAUGAUGGGCUGUGCUCCCCCUCUCCUCCCAGAUGUUGUAUGAUGGGCUGUGCUCCCCCUCUCCUCCCAGAUGUUUGUGAUGGACUGUGCUCCCCCUCCUCCCUGGGCUGUGUAUGAUGGGUGCUCUCUCCCCAGAUGUUGUAUGAUUGUGUGAUGUUGUAUGACUGUGCUCCCUCUCCCCCGGAUGUUGUGUGAUUGGGCUGUGCUCCCCCUCUCCCCCAGAUGUUGUAUGAUGGGCUGUGCUCCCCUCUCCUCCCAGAUGUUGUAUGAUGGACUGUGCUCCCUCUCUCCCCCAGAUGUUGUAUGAUGGGCUGUGCUCCCCCUCUCCUCCCAGAUGUUGUAUGAUGGGCUGUGCUCCCUCUCUUUCCCCAGAUGUUGUAUGAUGGGCUGUGCUCCCUCUCUCCCCCAGAUGUUGUAUGAUGGACUUUGCUCCCCCUCUCCUCCCAGAUGUUGUAUGAUGGGCUGUGCUCCCCCUCUCUCCCCCAGAUGUUGUAUGAUGGGCUGUGCUCCCCCUCUCUCCCCCAGAUGUUGUGUGAUGGGUUGUAUUUAUAUCUGCCUGGCAGGGAGAGGCGGAGCACACAUACAUAGUACAAGGUUCGAGCGAUUGGCAGAGCCAGAGUCUGCGAGCUGGGAUUUGUGUUGUGGACCGUAUACUGAGCAGGGAUGUGCUCUGCGUGCUGUGCCGGCUCUGUGUGUGCUUCCUGAGCCAGGAUUAACCUGCUCUGCUCCUGGUGGGAAUCAAACAGAGAGAGGAGAACUUAAUAUCAUCCCAACGUCCUGGCACACAUGGUUAGGGCACCCCAGGACUGACAGCUCAGUGGAUGGGUGAGUACAUGGACAGGUACCAGGGGAGUGGGGGGUAAGUAUAUCUUGAGACCAUGGGUUCUAGAACUCUCAGAAAGAGAUACUAUGAUACAUCGAUGCCUUGGGAGUCAACUGAGUUAAGAACACCUCUAGGACACGAACACUAAGGAGAUAAAGAGUUGAAAUACCUCUAGGACUGAGACGAUGACAUAGUAUUACAGAAAUUUAGGCUAAAAUAGGGACCCAAAUCGAUCCGAUCAAACUUUCACACAUCUCUGUUCCUACAGUUGAUCCAAGAUUAAACAAAAGAAAAUCAAAAUUAAAGUAAUUUCUAAUUUUGUUAAAAAAACCCAAAAAGGGAUAAAACAUCUGGGCACGUUAACUGAGUGCCAUGAGAAAAGUAGUCAGGGUAAAUCACACUUUCUCUAUAGUGUGAGUGUCAUUGGAUACAUAACACUGAGUACCUUCCUCCCAGAUUAAUAAUCCCACACAGGGCGAUAAGAGCAGUGAUAGCUUAACCCAGCACUCCAGAUGUUUGUAAACUACAUUACCCAUCAUGCUCAGUAUCAGGUGUGGAGGAGGUUUAUGGACAAGGGGGAAGGUAGAGGAGAAUUGGAGGCGUAUUAAGUGCAUUUAGGGAUAUUUUCCCCCUCUCCCCCAGAUGUUGUAUGAUGGGAUGUGCUCUCCCUCUCCCCCCAGAUGUUGUAUGAUGGGCUGUGCUCCCCCUCUCCUCCCAGAUGUUGUAUGAUGAGCUGUGCUCCCCCUCUCCUCCCAGAUGUUGUAUGAUGGACUGUGCUCCCCCUCUCCUCCCAGGUGUUGUGUGAUGGGCUGUGCUCCCCCUCUCUCCCUAGAUGUUGUAUGAUGGACUGUGCUCCCCCUCUCCCCCAGAUGUUGUGUGAUGGGCUGGGGCCCCCUGUCCCCCCCAGAUGGUUUGUGAUGGGCUGUGCUCCCCCCUCCCCCAGAUGUUGUAUGAUGGGCUGUGCUCCACCCUCUCCCCCAGAUGUUGUAUGAUGGGCUGUGCUCCUCCUCUCCUCCCAGAUGUUGUAUGAUGGACUGUGCUCCCUCUCUCCCCCAGAUGUUGUAUGAUGGGCUGUGCUCCCCCUCUCCUCCCAGAUGUUGUAUGAUGGGCUGUGCUCCCUCUCUUUCCCCAGAUGUUGUAUGAUGGGCUGUGCUCCCUCUCUCCCCCAGAUGUUGUAUGAUGGACUUUGCUCCCCCUCUCCUCCCAGAUGUUGUAUGAUGGGCUGUGCUCCCCCUCUCUCCCCCAGAUGUUGUAUGAUGGGCUGUGCUCCCCCUCUCUCCCCCAGAUGUUGUGUGAUGGGUUGUAUUUAUAUCUGCCUGGCAGGGAGAGGCGGAGCACACAUACAUAGUACAAGGUUCGAGCGAUUGGCAGAGCCAGAGUCUGCGAGCUGGGAUUUGUGUUGUGGACCGUAUACUGAGCAGGGAUGUGCUCUGCGUGCUGUGCCGGCUCUGUGUGUGCUUCCUGAGCCAGAAUUAACCUGCUCUGCUCCUGGUGGGAAUCAAACAGAGAGAGGAGAACUUAAUAUCAUCCCAACGUCCUGGCACACAUGGUUAGGGCACCCCAGGACUGACAGCUCAGUGGAUGGGUGAGUACAUGAACAGGUACCAGGGGAGUGGGGGGUAAGUAUAUCUUGAGACCAUGGGUUCUAGAACUCUCAGAAAGAGAUACUAUGAUACAUCGAUGCCUUGGGAGUCAACUGAGUUAAGAACACCUCUAGGACACGAACACUAAGGAGAUAAAGAGUUGAAAUACCUCUAGGACUGAGACGAUGACAUAGUAUUACAGAAAUUUAGGCUAAAAUAGGGACCCAAAUCGAUCCGAUCAAACUUUCACACAUCUCUGUUCCUACAGUUGAUCCAAGAUUAACCCCUUAAGGACACAUGACAUGUCUGACAUGUCAUGAUUCCAUUUUAUUCCAGAAGCUUGGUCCUUAAGGGGUUAAACAAAAGAAAAUCAAAAUUAAAGUAAUUUCUAAUUUUGUUAAAAAAAACCAAAAAGGGAUAAAAUAUCUGGGCACGUUAACUGAGUGCCAUGAGAAAAGCAGUCAGGGUAGAUCACACUUUCUCUAUAGUGUGAGUGUCAUUGGAUACAUAACACUGAGUACCUUCCUCCCAGAUUAAUAAUCCCACACAGGGUGAUAAGAGCAGUGAUAGCUUAACCCAGCACUCCAGAUGUUUGUAAACUGCAUUACCCAUCAUGCUCAGUAUCAGGUGUGGAGGAGGUUUAUGGACAGAGGGGGAGGUAGAGGAGAAUUGGAGGCAUAUUAAGUGCAUUUAGGGAUAUUUUGGGGUGGAGGGCAGAGGAUAGAGGGUUUGUGGGUGAUGUUAGUAUCUCCAGGAAAAAAAGGAUAAUAGAAAAAUGAUCUAAAAGCUACUUACCUGAAUAUAGAUAGAGACAGACAGAUCAUCAAUUUUGCAUAAUUUUCAUUUACAGGGCUUCCUGGCCACUAAAUGAAACACAUUAUUUAGUGUGAGUGUAGGAGUACAGUGUCUUUAGUGUGAGUGUAGGAGUACAGUGUCUUUAGUGUGAGUGUAAGAAUAAAGUGUGUUUAGUGUGAGUGUAGGAGUACAGUGUGUUUAGUGUGUUUAGUGUGAGUGUAAAAGUACAGUGUGUUUAAUGUGAGUGUAACAAUACAGUGUGUUUAUUGUGAGUGUAAGAGAACAGUGUGUUUAGUGUGAGUGUAAGAAUACAGUGUGUUUAGUGUGAGUGUAAGAGUACAGUGUGUUUGGUGUGAGUGUAAGAAUACAGUGUGUUUAGUGUGAGUGUAAGAAUACAGUGUAUUUAGUGUGAGUGUAAGAGUACAGUGUGUUUAGUGUGAGUGUAAGAAUACAGUGUGUUUAGUGUGAGUGUAAGAAUACAGUGUGUUUAGUGUGAGUGUAAGAAUACAGUGUGUUUAGUGUGAGUGUAAGGGUGCAGUGUGUUUACUGUGAGUGUAAGAAUACAGUGUAUUUAGUGUGAGUGUAAGAAUACAGUGUGUUUAGUGUGAGUGUAAGAGUACAGUAUGUUUAGUGUGAGUGUAAAAAUACAGUGUGUUUAUUGUGAGUGUAAGAAUACAGUGUGUUUAUUGUGAGUGUAAGAGUACAGUGUGUUUAGUGUGAGUGUAAGAGUGCAGUGUGUUUGGUGUGAGUGUAAGAGUGCAGUGUGUUUGGUGUGAGUGUAAGAGAACAGUGUGUUUAGUGUGAGUGUAAGAGUGCAGUGUGUUUAAUGUGAGUGUAAGAAUACAGUGUGUUUAGUGUGAGUGUAAGAAUACAGUGUGUUUAGUGUGAGUGUAAGGGAGCAGUGUGUUUAGUAUGAGUGUAAGAAUACAGUGUGUUUAGUGUGAGUGUAAGAAUACAGUGUGUUUAGUGUGAGUGUAAGGGAGCAGUGUGUUUAGUAUGAGUGUAAGAAUACAGUGUAUUUAGUGUGAGUGUAAGAGUACAGUGUGUUUAGUGUGAGUGUAAAAGUACAGUGUGUUUAGUGUGAGUGUAAGAGUACAGUGUGUUUAGUGUGAGUGUAAGAGUGCAGUGUGUUUGGUGUGAGUGUAAGAGAACAGUGUGUUUACUGUGAGUGUAAGAAUACAGUGUGUUUAUUGUGAGUGUAAGAGUACAGUGUGUUUAGUGUGAGUGUAAGAAUACAGUGUGUUUAGUGUGAGUGUAAGAGUACAGUGUGUUUAGUGUGAGUGUAAGAAUAUAGUGUGUUUAGUGUGAGUGUAAGAGUACAGUGUGUUUAGUGUGAGUGUAAGAAUACAGUGUGUUUAGUGUGAGUGUAAGAGUACAGUGUGUUUGGUGUGAGUGUAAGAAUACAGUGUGUUUAUUGUGAGUGUAAGAGUACAGUAUGUUUAGUGUGAGUGUAAGAAUACAGUGUGUUUAUUGUGAGUGUAAGAGUACAGUGUGUUUAGUGUGAGUGUAAGAAUACAGUGUAUUUAGUGUGAGUGUAAGAAUACAGUGUGUUUAGUGUGAGUGUAAGAGUACAGUGUGUUUGGUGUGAGUGUAAGAAUACAGUGUGUUUAGUGUGAGUGUAAGAAUACAGUGUGUUUAGUGUGAGUGUAAGAGUACAGUGUGUUUUGUGUGAGUGUAAGAAUACAGUGUGUUUAGUGUGAGUGUAAGAGUACAGUGUGUUUAGUGUGAGUGUAAGAAUACAGUGUUUUUAGUGUGAGUGUAAGAGUACAGUGUGUUUAAUAUGAGUGUAAGUGUACAGUGUGUUUAGUGUGAGUGUAAGAGUACAGUGUAUUUAGUGUGAGUGUAAGAAUACAGUGUAUUUAGUGUGAGUGUAAGAAUACAGUAUGUUUAGUGUGAGUGUAAGAGUACAGUGUGUUUAGUGUGAGUGUAAGGGUACAGUGUGUUUAGUGUGAGUGUAAGAGUACAGUGUGUUUAGUGUGAGUGUAAGAAUACAGUGUGUUUAGUGUGAGUGUAAGAAUACAGUGUAUUUAGUGUGAGUGUAAGAGUACAGUGUGUUUAGUGUGAGUGUAAGAGUACAGUGUAUUUAGUGUGAGUGUAAGAAUACAGUAUGUUUAGUGUGAGUGUAAGAGUACAGUGUGUUUAGUGUGAGUGUAAGGGUACAGUGUGUUUAGUGUGAGUGUAAGGGUACAGUGUGUUUAGUGUGAGUGUUAGUGCAUAGUGUGACACAGUGAGUGUGAGUGCAUAGAGUGUCUCUAGAAUUCUGUAUCAUCCUACUCACGAUCUGCUCAGAUGCAAAAAGAAAGCCCUCUAAACAAAGCAUGCACAUUCUUUAUAUAUAUUUUAUCUCUCUAUGUAUGUACGUAGGAAUAUAUUGCAGAAUUCCUAGAUUUUACUAGUAUCAUGACGUAAAGUCAUGAUUUUAUUAAAGACACGGAGGCGAGUAUUAUGCAUAACUCUUUCUUUAUUUCCUCAGCAGCAAAGAUAGAGGAAUAUAAAUAUUAUCAAAUUGAAAGCAAAAAACUGUAUAAGUACACAGGCAACCAAUAGCAUAACAUAGGAAGUGGCUAUAUAAGGCCUGUGUCUCCCACAAUCCUCCUCUUUCUUGCGAAAACCGAGGACCAGCUAAGACGAAACGAUAUCCCACAUGGUCAGAAACAGGAACGGAAGCGCUUCAACAACUUCAAGCUAAAAGAGAGAGAGAAAUAUGGUAAUAACUAAACCCAAACUGUUGCUUACCAGUCAGAACUGUUGGUCAUUCAUGAAACUGAAACGAAAUCUGAAAUUACAACAUAUGAUUGACAUCAAGCAGUUAUAUGCUUCAAACGAAAGUCAAGACAAAUAAGAGGACCAAAAUGUAACAUACCUGGAAAAAUCCAAAAAAAGCGCAUCUCCCUCGCAAACCCCCCCACCGGGAGGGUGGGAGGGAAUAAUACUCGCCUCCGUGUCUUUAAUAAAAUCAUGACUUUACGUCAUGAUACUAGUAAAAUCUAGGAAUUUUAUUAAAGACACGGAGGCUCAUAUUAUGCAAGUUCAAAGCUGUGCUACUAUCUGAGAUGCGAUGUGUUCAAUUGGUCUGAAAUAGAAGUCUCGGAAGGUGGACUCACGAGACCAGUCUGCAGCUCGCAUGAUGUCCUCCAGACGGCAACCCACUAAAGAUGCCUUCGAGGCCAUGGCACCCCUCACGGAGUGAGGCAUAAAGGUAGAAGUGUCUAUACCCGCUAGGGAUAAAAGCCAACGAAUCCAACGCGCUAGCGUCGGAGUCGACACCGGUUGAUGAGGUGCCUUAAAGGAAAUGAAUAGGGGAUGACGAUCAGAAGAACGAAACGUUCUUGUAGCAUCCAGAUAAGCCCUAAGACAAUCCACCGGACAGAGUGCUGGGCACCCUGAGAACCUAGGGUACACGAAGGAUUUGGAUGCCGACUUAGUCCUCCUAGAGAUGUUGAAAGUAACACCCUCAGGAGUAAAAACGAUGGCACCCCAAUCCAGGGCCCUGACAUCGGAGACUCUCUUACAAGAGAUAAGACAAAGCAGCAUAACCAGUUUGGAUGACAGCUGUUUGAGAGUCAAUGCUUGGUUAGGGUACCAAGCCGAUAGGAACUGCAACAUUAUGUUGACGUCCCAAAAGGCCGAAAAACGCGACCGGGGUGGACGGGCGAGGCGAAUACCUCUAAGAAGGCGACAUACAAAAGGAUGCCUACCGACAGGUGUGCCUUCCAAACCAUCGUGUCCGGCAGAAAUGGCCGAGCGAAAAAGAUUGAUAGUCCUGUACGCCUUGCCCGAAUCGAACAGGAACGUGAGAAAUUCCAGGAUCAAAUGGAGAGAGGCAGAUACGGGAUCCAUUGCCCGUUCCAUGCACCAACCCGACCAAGACUUCCAUGCUGCCCGAUAAGCUGAUCGUGUGCCCGGGGCCCACGCGUUUUCGAGGAGCAAGAGAGUUGUCUGUGGAACGUCAGGGACAAUCCAGCGUCCCCUGAAAGGAACCAAGCCACCAGGGGCAACUGGUGUCGCAUCACCAGUUCGUGCGAGUUCCCAUCCGGAUCCAGAAGGAGAUCCGGGAAGUUCGGCAACAACCGUGGGAAGUCUAUCGACAACUCCAUCAGUCGAGGGAACCACGGACGGGAUCUCCACAGGGGAGUGAUCAGAACCAGACAACAGUCGUGGUGAACCAUUUUGGAGAGUGUGCGAGCAAUCAUGUUGAACGGAGGAAAGGCAUAGAGGCGACCCGGGGGCCAUUCUUGAAGAAAGGCAUCCGUCGCCACUGCCGCCGGAUCUGGCCUCCAACUGUAGAAUCUCGGUACCUGAGCGUUCAGCCGAGAGGCGAACAGGUCCAUCUCGAAACGACCCCAUAGACCUUCUAGGCCUCGGAAGACUGAGCCGUGCAAGCGCCAGUCUCCCGAGUCCCUUAAAUGUCUGGAAUUCCAAUCCGCACUCGAAUUGUCCAGACCCGGAAUAUGCUCCGCCGUCACAGAGACGUUGUUGUAAAGGCAGAAUUGCCAAAACUCUUUCGCCAGAAGAGCCAACAUCUUGGAUUUGGUGCCACCCAGGUGAUUGAUGUAUCGGACCGCUGAUACGUUGUCCAGCUUGAGGAGAACGCAACAGUUUGCCCGUCCCGGGGUAAGGCUGCGGAUUGCAAAGGCUCCUGCCAGGAGCUCCAGGCAAUUGAUGUGUAACGACUUCUCUGCGUCGGACCAUCUGCCUCCCGUGGAGGCGUUGCCACAACGAGCGCCCCAGCCGUAUAAGCUGGCGUCCGAUUCUAUGACUACGUCCGGAAGGGAACCGAAAAUUGCCCUUCCAUUCCAGGCCUCCAUGUGGGCUAGCCACCAGGCUAUCUCCUCCCUGGAUUCCUCGUCCAAACGAAUCCGUGAUUCGUAAGAGUGGCCCGAACGAAGGUGUGACCCCUUGAGCCGCUGCAGGGCUCGAUAAUGCAACGGGCCAGGGAAUAUCGCUUGAAUGGAGGAUGCCAGUAGGCCGAUGAUCCUCGCCAACUGACGUAUCGAGAGAUCUGAGGCCCGGAGAGCUCGCCGGAGCUCUUUCUGAAUGGCCUUCAUCUUUGAUUCCGGCAAGUAGAGGAAUUGCCGUAUGGAAUCCACCUGAAACCCCAAAAACUCCAUCGACUGGGCGGGGGUCAUGACCGACUUGUCCCAGUUGAUUAGAAAACCUAGAUUCUGCAAAAGGUUGAUAGUCCAGCUCAGAUGCAACUCCAGGCAUUCUUUCGAUUGGGACAUAAUUAAAAUGUCGUCCAGGUAAAUGAGGCGAACCCCUCUGGUACGGAGGUACGCCACCACCGGCUUCAUCACCUUGGUGAAACACCAAGGGGCCGAGGAGAGACCGAACGGCAGGCAUGUAAAACGCCAACGCCGUCCGUGCCAGGUGAAAUGCAGGUAGUCCCUGGAUUCCACCGCUAUUGGAACCGUGAAGUACGCGUCCUUCAGGUCCAAUUUGGCCAUCCAAUCUGACUGCCGCAGCAGAUCCCUGAGACAAUGGAUGCCCUCCAUCUGAAAGUGUUGGUAGCGCAGGAACGCGUUGAGAGGGCGAAGAUUUAUAACCGGGCGGACACCGCCCCCUUUCUUGGGUACUAAGAAGAGAUUGCUCGUAAAGCCUGGGGUGGCGAACGGCAAUUCUUCUAUGGCACCCUUUGAAAACAUCUCCUCGACCUCCGCGGAGAUCAUCGCGUCCUGUUCCGGUGGGAGAGACAACUCCCUGGGAACAGAAAUUUGAACAGGCAGGGAAACAAACUCUAGGCGAUAACCCUUUACGCAUUGCAAAACCCAAGCAUCCGCAGUUAUAUCUGCCCACCUUAGGUAGAAUAAGGCCAGCCUCCCCGCCACCCGAACCUGAUCGAGAGGGGAAGAAAGGGUACUCACCAUAAGGGCGUCUGCCCGAAGUUCCACCACGGGGGUAUCUGGAGCCCCACGAUCUCCCCCUUGCCGGGAAGAAGGAAGGAGUUUUCGGGUCCUGGAACCCUCUGGAAGGAAAAAAGGAACCUCUGGAGGCACGGAACGAGCCUCGGAAACCACGGCCGGGAGGACGGUUCCUGCUACGCCCGGCCCCUCCGAAAACCUUGGGCGCGAAGACGCGCUUCAUAUUUGCCUGCGCCUUGUCAAUAGCCGUAAAGGUCUUGACAUAUGACCCCAUGUCCUUCACGAAGGAUGUGCCAAACAACAGACCUUCAUCAGCCGAAUCAGGCUCCGCCACAGACAUAGCGGCCAAUUUAGGGUCAAUUUUUAGUAGAAUGGCCUUGCGCCUCUCGGAGGACACCGCCGUGUUGGCGUUACCCAGAAGGCAUAUAGCCCUUGGACCCACCCGAUGGCCACAUCCACAUCCAAAACAGAUUCCCCUGAUCUAGCGGCAUCAAGAAGCUCGUACAGCUUCGACAGGGGGCCCAGCGUAUCCAGGAUCCUAUCCUGGCAUCCCUUCAGGGAAUGAUCAAGACCCUUCUUAGGUUUCCAGCCAGAUUUAUUUAAAAAUUGGGCGAUUUGUGGGUCGAUUUCUGGGGUCUUGCAGGCAGCGCCAGGGAGAGAAGGCCGUGGGCACUCGGCGCGCAGCUUAUUGCGGCCUUCUUUGGAUAGGGGCGUGCGAAUUCGCUUAGCCACAUAUUGGGCGAUGUGGUCCGGAGGGACCCAUUCGGCAGACCGCGGGUGACGGAGGUCGUCCGGGUCAAACAUGGGGUUACCCUGUGGGUCUAGCAGGGCUUUAUUGUCCCCAGCGGGGCCAGUGACCUUACCUCGGGGGUUGGCAGAGGACCUAGAAGGGGGAGCCCCCGUAGGGGGUAUGUCCUCUCCCGACUCGUCAUCAACAAAGGAGUCGUACUCCAUAAAAUCGGAUUCAUUUUCCACACUCCGGUCGGAAUCCGACUCAUCAUCCAGGGCUCUAGCCCGUUUCCACAAUCUAGCCUUUUUAGCCCGGCCAGGGGCUCUUGUGCGCGUGGGAUGCGCGCUAUCUGUGACCGCCAGAGGCGAGUCAUUCAUGGCAGGCAAAACCUGCAUCGAGGAGUGGGAACCGAUAUGACGAGAUUUAUCCUUCGCCUUACGGGCACCCGGCACAGUAUGGGCAGGAGAAGGGGACCCCACACCCAGGGGGGCAGGGGUAGCCGUGGAAGGCAAAAACCCAGAUUGCAGAGACUGGGUAAAGGAGGAGGAGACAGCCCCCAUAGCUGAGGCAAUAGCCUUCUGAAGGGAGGAAGCCAUAGUGGCCUCUAAUAAGGCUUGAAACUCCUGAGAUGCCAUAGCACCCUCAGGGUUAACAUUAGGAAAAUCCCCAGAGGGAUCAGUAGGCCCAUCCUCCCUAUCCUGCAUAAUGGCAGAGACACUAGAAAAACGGCACUGAACAAUAAAGGUGAAAACUAAAUAAGUGGGUUGAUUAACCCAGCAACAACACAAAGGACCUGAUCGCUGGUGUAGCAGGGAGACCCAGAGAGAACAGACCGCACGGCAGGAUACUGAGCGAUGCGUAGCGAUCACCCAAAAUGGCCGCCGUCUAAGAAAAAACGUGCACACGUGUACAGGCCCCCGGCGGGGGAUGGGGCGCGCGCGCACCUACCCGCGCGGGUAGCCUGUGAAAGGGAAAAAACGAGCACACUCAGCCGCGGUGCCGAGAGAAACCGCCGCGGCAGAGGGCAGCGCUGGGAAGCGCUCGGUUAGAGAUAGGGGCGGGAGGGAGGGGAAGAGAGAGAGCCCGCGGCAGCGGGCAAAACGCCCCAGGGGGGUCCCCAAAUACACCAACGAUCCAGGCAACAAGAGUAAAAGACAAGCAAAUAAACAAUAAAUAAUAAUGAGCAUGAAGCAAAACCAGAAUACACAACAAAUAAUACCAAUAAAAUGCAAUGAGUAGAGAGCUCAAUAAUGGUACUUAGCUGUCUGAGGAAGCAGCAAAGAAAGAGGGGGAUUGUGGGAGACACAGGCCUUAUAUAGCCACUUCCUAUGUUAUGCUAUUGGUUGCCUGUGUACUUAUACAGUUUUUUGCUUUCAAUUUGAUAAUAUUUAUAUUCCUCUAUCUUUGCUGCUGAGGAAAUAAAGAAAGAGUUAUGCAUAAUAUGAGCCUCCGUGUCUUUAAUAAAAUCCUCAAUCGUAUAGAAAUUAUUUGUCCUUUAGGCAUUGUUUCCCUCUAACGCCAGAUUUCCCCGUGACAGCUGGCAUCGCUAUUAACUAUUAUUUAUUCCCGGGGGAAACCAAAACCAAUGGGACCAAUCUUCUCCACCCUGGAGGGGAAAGGGUUAACACUCCAAAUCAGUGGAGAAAUGAACUAUAAAUAUAUUAAUAAUAUAACACGUUAAAACGUGGGGGCACAUCCAGCCUUGAGUGUCCCUUUAAUUCUAUUCCCUUUAAUUCUCAAGGUGACUUAUCCAACACGAUUAUAUAUAAAAAUGUAGAAAUCGCUUUUAAAAUAUUAGAAAUGCAAUUUGUUGCAUUUUUUUGUAUAUAAAAUGGAACCUGUACACUUUAUACAUUUACAAUAUCCGGAAUAAACAGUACAAAAGCAAAUACAUUCUGAUCCCAAAGCUACCCUGAAAACAGCACAAGAACAAACGAGCCGUCGUUUCUCUGGGAAUCACGCUCCAAACAAACACCUAAAGCAGUUUAACUUGCUCAGAUUCUUUAUAUGUGAAGAGUGUGUCCUCUGUUUCUUAAUCAUUUUACAAAAAGACUAGAUUUCAAUAGAAAUUGACACUUUUAUAAAUCAACCUUGUUACACCACUUGCUAUCAAUCACACAUCUGGUCCUCUAACUUCCUGGUUUGGUUAAGUUAAACUCAAGAGGCAGCAAUUGCCCAGAGCACCUGACUUGUAAAGACUUCCCAUUGAGGUGCAUUCGGAAGUCUGUGAUUGGACAGCCACAGAAAGUCUGGGCAGGGUUAGAAGGGGAGGGAUUGCAAAGGCAGCAAACAAGAGAUCUGUAGUUUUAUAAGUUGUUUUUUAGAUAUAUUCCAAUGAAAAAAAUGAUAAUAAUAGUAAAAAUAAUCCUACAAAAAUAAUUGUACCCCUUUAGCAGAAAGAUUCCCAAACUCUUGUCAGGCAAUAAUCCUUUCCAAAUAUAAUUUUUCUCCACUUCAGCAAAUUAGUUCCCCUUGAUUUUUUCGUGCCAUUUACAUGCAAAGCUAUAUUAGAUAUUAGUGUAGCUUUAUGUUUGAUAUUUGUGUUUUAAUUAGAUUUUGUCUCCCCAAAGAGGUUAGAGUCAUUGCCGGGGGAAAGCAGUGCGUAGCAUUAAUUAGCGCAAUUCGCGUUUAUUGAAGAACCUGUAUUUCUGUAUUCAGAGCACACGGUGACUGUGAGAAAGCUGCCGUCUGUCCAACAUGUUAGAUCUGGGAACGAGAAAUGUGGGAAUGAGUAUUGUGGGAAAUGAAGUCCGGAGAGACCUGGGCAUCACUGCUCUAAACGCUUGCUUCCUGUAAUAUUUCUAAAAGAUUUGUGUCAGUUUAAAGAUAUCUCAUCUCCUUCACUGCUUUAAAUCAUUUCAGCUUUUAUACCUUUGAAGAGGGGGAAAAGAAAACAUUGAUUGAGGUGUGCAAUACAAAAACAUGCCACUGGGGGCUCUGUUUCUGGGAUAUUUUUGUUUGGACUUUUUUUAAACCUACAAUCUCCAGUUUUGAUAAAAUAAUAAUCACUCUCUUCUAUCACUUCCACCUCAGCCUUUCCCUCCAAUUCCCCAAGAACUGAUUGGAAACUCUACGUAUUUUAUACGACUCUUUGCACCAUAAGACUUUCACUUUCCAUUCAUCCCCACUGCUCUCCAUUAUUACAGUUUGUUCCACCUUCCGCGUACUCUGAAAAGACAUUUAUUUUUUUGUAUAUCUUUCUAGAAAAUAAAAACAUAUCUAAGUCCCCCCAGAUAUAUCUAAGAAGAGAGAGAAGAUAUCUGGUGUAGCGGACCGGCAAUAUUAAUAUUAUCCAUAGUCAGCGCUGAAAAGCAAGGCAAUAUCCCAAAUCCACCAGUAACCGGACGAAACACAGUACUGGGAGUCAACUGAGGUCUUUAUUUGCAGCUCCAGUAUUUAUACAAGUGCCCAUGCAAGGGGUUUCCAUACUGCCUUAGAAGGGGUAAUACAGUAGGGGAAUACAUGGGGGACUUCACAUGCUGGGCAUUUCUCCCAUCAGGCACUGCUGCAUGAGAGGGAUACCGUUAAGUGGAUUAUCCCUCCGUGCAGCAGAACCGGCAAUUUAUAUUAAAAUAUGUAACUUUUCGAAUACUUGACAGAUUUAAACGAAUGGACGUUCAGUAGAUAGCUGGGGUCUGAGCACACCGUUCGUGAAAAUACCGCUCAGAUCCCAGCUAAAACAACCAAACGCCGCACGAAAAACACAUUAUUCAUAACACAAGUUAAAAGUACGGCCUGGGGCUCCCGAAUGGUCUGGAAGCCCAGCGGUGUUCGCGCCAUCGAGUAGCCGUUUUUCAGUUCCAUGCGCUCGACGACCAAACACCGCUGGGGAACAAAGGAUCCAAGAUGGCCGACCGCCGCGUGGUCGGUAGCCGAACGGCGGCCACCUAGGAGAGCCUCUAAUUACCGAUUGCAACAUUGUUGCAAUCAGUUAACAAGCGCCAGACGUCCCUUAGUGCGUGGGCUAUUAAAAGAUAGUUCAUUCGGUUCACGAACAGCUCGCAAAGGUGCAGUUCGUGAAACGAAAUAGAACAUGCCUAUCUGCUUUCGGCAGAUAGCCAAUACAAGCAAUACAGCAUACAGGAUACAGCAGAUUACAACCAGGCACAUACACAAUGGUAUUAAAGAUACAGGCAACCCUUAAAAACAUAUUGUCUCUGUUUAGUCCAAGUGUCUAGGUUUGCCACAUCUGGGCUUCCAGCAGAGAUAUUCUCCACCCCUGUCUUCCUUGUGGCCAUCUAGCAUAUUUAUCAAAUUGGUACAUUGAAGGACCACCCUGGCCAAAAUAACAGCUUCAUCACAAUUAAGUUGUUAUGGUGUGAGGAGUUGCCUGGCGCCGGUUUAAGUGAAAGGUUAGACAAUUAAUGAAUGGUUUAACCCCAAUAGUUCUUCAGUCAGGCACCCCAUCGGUCUGGCCCUGGAUAUCUGCUCUAUAUCAAAGGCUUCAAUCAAGAAGCCUAAAAUUAGACGUCUUUGAUAGGCUGAGUGUCCGUUUUUUUAUUGGAAAUUCAGUUUUAAUUCCUGAUUGUUCACAUUUUAAGUAAAUAAUCCCGUCAGUAAGAGAGGAUUUGGGUUGUCUGUAGUUCACCCAGAACUCUGACCUCCAUGAGUUUCCAUUUUAUCUGCGAUUUGCAUAUACCCUUUCCAAUAGAGUUCCGAGAAUACGACCCAUUUACCGUUGAUUGUUUUUGGCACGGUUAUUGCGUGCAGCAAGCUAAUUUUUUUUUAUUUCUGACAAGAAGCUCCUGAUUUGUAGUUUAUAUGAAAACGCAGUCGCCAGGAGACACAUUGCAAUAAAUGUAAUAUAAUAAGCAGAAAUAAAUCCGUUCUCUGCCUGCGUAUUUGGGCUCCCUACUGAUACAGAUACCGCUCUAUAUGAUCUUAGCUUGAUAAUACAGAGAGUUCAUGCUGAAUGCUGCUGAGGCAGAAUAAAGCGAGCUUAGGGAAGAGACACAGGGGUUAAUCAUAAAGAGACAUAAAAUAUAAUACCUUGGAUUACAGGAAACCGGAGAAACUAUAUAAUUCAACAUCAUAUUUAGGACAACAGCCAAGAAGGUAAAUUAUAUGAGAUGGAGAAUUGUUUUCAGUUUGAUCCUAGAUUUGGUCUUCUUUUCAAUGCUCCAUAAUGUUUGUUUAAGAUCAUUGAGUUGCAGAAAACUUGUGUCAUUAUUAUAUUUCCAGAUUUGGCUACUUUAAGUCUCACAACAGCAAAGAGAGUGAGUUGGGGGCAUCGAAAGCCUGCAUGACCCUCCUGUGUGUGAUUAAAGUUCAGUUAACAGCACAGACGAUACAAACGUUUAAAAUAAACACACUGCGCUGUAAGAUCUGAUUGAAAAUGAAAACAAUUUUUCAUGCAGUCAGUGUUAGUCACAAAAAAUGUUUAUCAGAAAAACGUAUCUGAACUCUCCGUAUUUGUUACACAAUGUGUAAUUUGAGUGUUGGGUGGGCGAAGCUAUUAAUUAAAAAGACACUAUAGCCACCCAGGCCACAUCAUCUCAUUGAACUGGUCUGGAUGCAGUGUCCCUGUCCCACUUAGUUCUGCAAUGUAAAUAAUAAUUAGAUUGCAGGAGUAAGACUGGCUCUAGUCACUGUCAAUCAGACAGUCACUAGAGGUGCUUCCUGGCUGUUAACAGACUUUAGGUCGCCUAACUGACGCUGGACAUCCUCACGUUCUGCAUGAGGACAUCCAGCAUGAGUAAAAUCCCCAUAGGAAAACAUUGCCUGGAGGGGGGUUGCGAGGGUUGGGGGGACCAGAGGGCUCAGAUUUGUAUUCCUAACACUUUAAAAUUCCUUUAAGCCCAAUCUAUAAUAAUGCAACCAGGAAGAAAAGUCCAUAAGGUCAUCCACUUUUUACAUUGGAACAACAAUAAAUGUAAAAGUAGGACACAUUUUGCUAAUAAUGGGUGUCAGAUUUCUAACAGACAUAUCUAAUGAUGACAAAUGCUUAAGGCAUAUGUGCCUAGUAAUAUCUUUAUAUUGGUGAAACACUUACUUUAGAAAUAUCUUCUCUUGUAGGCCUGCCAGCAGGACUCAUGUCGGACCACGAUGACUUUGCUGGCCUUGCUGUCCCCUGGAAUUCAUCGGACCUCAGUCUCUUCAAUCCAGCCAGUGUGGUGGUUCCGGUUAUAUUCUCUCUCAUUUUCCUACUUGGAACUGUGGGGAACAGCUUAGUACUUGCCGUUGUUCUGAGAAGUGGACAGAGAACACCGAACACCACCAAUCUCUUCAUCCUUAAUCUCAGUGUUGCAGAUGUCUCCUUCAUUAUCUUCUGUGUUCCAUUCCAAGCCACCAUCUACUCUUUGGAGGACUGGGUCUUCGGAGCUUUCAUGUGCAAAGCUGUCCACUUUUUCAUCUAUCUUACCAUGUAUGCCAGCAGCUUCACGCUUGCAGCAGUGUCUGUAGACAGGUGCGUCUGUGCCUCACAAUAAAAUAUUAAUUUGAAAAUAUUAAUUAAAAAUUAUGGACCCAUUCCUGUGCUUCUAAAAAUGUCACUGUUGGCAACUUUUGUUAUUGAUUAUUUUUCUACGAUUAAAAUGUUGUGAUAAUGAUCAUAUGCCAAGUGACUAAUAGUUUAUCUUUUCCACCUUUUAUUUUUUCAAUCACAGGUAUCUGGCAAUCCGUUACCCCCUGCGGUCUCGUGAGCUUCGGACUCCAUACAAUGCAGUAGCUACCAUGGCUGUCAUAUGGGGCCUUUCUGUAGUGUUUGCUGGGCCAUAUCUGAGUUACUAUGACUUAAUGGACUAUGAGACCAGCCAUAUUUGCAUGCCAGGGUGGAAGGAAAGGACACGUAAGAUUAUGGAUACAGGCACUUUUAUUGUUGGUUAUGUUAUCCCGGUGCUUAUUGUGAGCUUGUCUUACACCAGAACCAUUAAGUAUCUAUGGACAGCUGUUAAUCCACUGGAGGAUAUGUCAGAAUCCAAAAAAGCCAAAAGGAAGGUUACCAAGAUGAUCAUUAUUGUGACCGUCCUCUUCUGUCUUUGCUGGCUUCCCCACCAUGUAGUGGUCAUGUGUUAUCUUUAUGGCGAUUUUCCCUUCAAUCAAACAACCUAUGCAUUUCGCUUACUUUCUCACUGCAUGGCUUAUGCCAACUCUUGCCUCAAUCCUAUUGUCUAUGCAUUGGUGUCAAAGCAUUUCCGUAAGGGGUUCCAGAAGGUUUUCAGCUGUCUUCUGAGGAAGAAAGGUCGAAACAAGGUCCAUGUCGUACAGGCAGCCAACGCUGAGCCAGGAUUUGAGGUUGCUUCCACUGAGGUGUCCCAGAUAAAUGAAGAACAUGGAAAAAGAAGUGGAUGCCAAGCUGGUGCAAGUAAUUCAGAUUCCUCCAGGCCUCUAGUAACUCCAUGAGCUGUUGCCAAAACUACAUAAUUAAAAUCUCCAAAUGUUUCACAUUUUCUCUGAUAUUGUACAUCAUCCCAAAAAAUGUUUUGGGGAAAAAUAAACUUAAAUUUCCAAACUCUAAAACAGAUUCCAGAUACAAUGCACAGUUUAACUCACCUACAUUCAUGACAUGGUGAUAUACACUUAACCAUUUCUGGAGUUAACCUUUUUAAGGAGAUGACAAAGAGCAAUAAACUGUGGCCCAAACACCUGGAAAGUAAGUCAAGUUAAACCAUGGAAAAAUUCUUAGUAUAGUUUCUAUUAUUAAUGGAAAUUUUCUGACGGUUACACAAACCAUUGACUUGAUUUACUGGCGCAAUGUCAAUGGACACCUUUUCAAUCAGUGCUUCUCGAGGAUAACCAAUGGUUCUUGAUACUACCCAAUUGUGUUCCUUUCAGGAUACUAAUGAAACAUGGACUGUUGGUCAUGAAAUUCAUUGCUGGAGUUCAUCCUUAUUACCUGAUGAACAGUGUAGAUUACUCAAGUAAUAAAAGCCACCUGAGAUAUUCUGAAUAUAUACUAAAUUCUCUUUUUGCUAUAGAGAUUUUGAGAAGAUAUGGGCACAUUAGAUGGAUGUGGUGAAGGACUUCAGAAGUCAUAUAAAAAGCGGCUACACCUAUCAACAACGUUCUCAGGUGUCUAACAGGCUAUAUCCCAUGAUCCUUCCGUUGUACAGUCUUGUUUUACAACAUGUAGUUUCUCCUCCCUUAAGUUGUUCAGUAAUUUGACUAUGAACACAUUUUAUCCUUUAUGUGUUGUAGGCUUCUGCUCCAACAUCACCAGCCGGAUACACCAUUAACAAAGACUGGUUCUGUCUUUUCGUAUAUAUUUAUAUGUAUUUAUGGUUCAAUUACAUUUGUGGACCUUCCAG